CACCUAUUUGCGUAAAAUCCCUCACAACACUCAUGUUUACAAAGUGGACUUGGGACUAUAUAACCGUAUCACUUCAAUAAUAAUUUCUAUAGUUUACUAAUUUCUUUAUCGCGUAAUUAAAUGAUGCAUUAUCGCUAGUUACGGUCUCAAGUUAUUAAUAAAUAAGAUUGUAGUUAAAGUGAUAAUGAUGGUUGCCACGGAUGUUAAAAGUUUGUGUAUUUGUGUGUUGGUUUGUGUGAAGAGUGUCAGCAUGGUGGUGGUGCUGAACGGGGUGCUGGCGGACGAGUGCCCCACGUCGGUCCGCGCCUUGCUGAGCGCGCACCCCGGCUACCGGGAUGCGGCCGCGCAGCUGCUCGCAGCAGCCCCGAGGGUGGUGGGAACACCUGGCCUCUUGUACGUGGCGCAGCGGGAACUUGCGGCCGUGGUGCCGCACGAUAAAAAUGUAAACAUCAUCGGUUCAGAUGACGCCACAUCAUGUAUUAUAGUCGUUGUGAGGCAUUCAGGAUCAGGAGCAGUCGCUCUAGCGCACCUCGACGGCUCCGGCACGGCAGAGGCCGCAGCGGCCAUGGUGGCGAGGGUCCAACAAUUAGCAGUGGGCUACCCUGAGGGCAGACUGGAGCUACAACUGGUUGGGGGCUUCACCGACCCUCAUAGAUACUCGGACGAGCUGUUCGCGAACAUAAUGUUAUCGUUCCACCGUCAGUCCGUGGAGAUCGACCUCACGCUCGCGUGCUGCUGCGAGCUGAACACGGCGCUGGGCGGCGGCGGCGGCGGGGGCGCGCCCGCCCCGCUCGUGACCGGCGUCGGCGUGGACAUCCGUCACGGAGACCUGUUCCCCGCCACCUUCCCCGACAAGGGACCAGAGCAGCCGCUACGAGGAGCUAGGACUAUCACCGGAGGGCCACAUUCCGCUCAGGUGUUGGACAUAUACGACAACGCAGUGGGCAUGCUCCGCAUCGGGCCUUUCAACUACGACCCACUCCGCGGGGUGGACUUAUGGUUAGAGCAGUCAGACGACUUCAUUCUGCAACACUUGAGCACUACUCCGGCUGUGGAGCCUCCACAUUUCGUACAUCACAUCCGUGCCACGCUGAAGUUCAUCCAGCAGCACCCGUUCCCUGCCGUCACCGUGUUCGCCGACAACCGCCCGCACUACUACCGGCGCGACGAGCAGAGCGGCUGCUGGGCUCCAGUGCGGUUCUAACCGGCUUAUAUCCGGGCUCGCUCGCCGACAACCGCCCGCACUACUACCGGCGCGACGAGCAGAGCGGCUGCUGGGUUCCAGUGCGGUUCUAACCGGCUUAUAUCCGGGCUCGCUCGCCGACAACCGCCCGCACUACUACCGGCGCGACGAGCAGAGCGGCUGCUGGGUUCCAGUGCGGUUCUAACCGGCUUAUAUCCGGGCUCGCUCGCCGACAACCGCCCGCACUACUACCGGCGCGACGAGCAAAACGGCUGCUGGGCUCCAGUGCGGUUCUAACCGGCUUAUAUCCGGGCUCGCUCGCCGACAACCGCCCGCACUACUACCGGCGCGACGAGCAGAGCGGCUGCUGGGUUCCAGUGCGGUUCUAACCGGCUUAUAUCCGGGCUCGCUCGCCGACAACCGCCCGCACUACUACCGGCGCGACGAGCAGAGCGGCUGCUGGGUUCCAGUGCGGUUCUAACCGGCUUAUAUCCGGGCUCGCUCGCCGACAACCGCCCGCACUACUACCGGCGCGACGAGCAGAGCGGCUGCUGGGUUCCAGUGCGGUUCUAACCGGCUUAUAUCCGGGCUCGCUCGCCGACAACCGCCCGCACUACUACCGGCGCGACGAGCAGAGCGGCUGCUGGGCUCCAGUGCGGUUCUAACCGGCUUAUAUCCGGGCUCGCUCGCCGACAACCGCCCGCCCUACUACCGGCGCGACGAGCAGAGCGGCUGCUGGGCUCCAGUGCGGUUCUAACCGGCUUAUAUCCGGGCUCGCUCGCCGACAACCGCCCGCCCUACUACCGGCGCGACGAGCAGAGCGGCUGCUGGGCUCCAGUGCGGUUCUAACCGGCUUAUAUCCGGGCUCGCUCGCCGACAACCGCCCGCCCUACUACCGGCGCGACGAGCAGAGCGGCUGCUGGGCUCCAGUGCGGUUCUAACCGGCUUAUAUCCGGGCUCGCUCGCCGACAACCGCCCGCACUACUACCGGCGCGACGAGCAGAGCGGCUGCUGGGCUCCAGUGCGGUUCUAACCGGCUUAUAUCCGGGUUCCUACCGCCGUGAUGGACAGAGCGGUUGCUAGCUCCGAUGCGGUUCUAAGGAGCGGUGAUGCUCCCAAACAUUCGGCCACCCUACUACCGGCGUGAGGAAUAGAAUGGUUGCUGGGCUCCGGAACGGUUUAAACCGGACUAUACCCGGUUCUCAAGGGUUCGGUUUUCGUGGAUUACGCUAUAUUGCCGUGAUAUACGGAGCGGCUAUUAGGCCUAGGUUCUAUUAGAACCGAUAAUGUCUCGGUAGGCUAUAUUGUAAUAUUUAGCCGGUUCUCACCAGUAUACGGCUUUUAAAAAAUGUAAUAUUCUCUAGACCUUGGAAAAAACGUACAGCCUCUAACAUUUGCCAGAAUGACAGAAUGUUAUAUUAUGUUAUGUUUCAGUACACUGAAUCAAACAGUUCAAAUGUGGCCGGCAAAAAAUACACAAUACAAAGCAUAGUAAUAAAAUAAAUCGCACAAUUUGUUUGUAAAUGUUCAUAUUGAUCGGUUAUUUUGUUUGUGAAGAAAGCAACUUUUUAUUUUAUGAUCUACCUGGUGGCACUUUCUAAUUCCCUACAGAAAAGAAUUCUUCUACAUUGAGGGUUCCAAUCAGUGGCGUAACUAGGAGGGGGGGGGGGGCAAGUGCCCCGGGCGCCAUCCAAGGGGGGCGCCAAAAUGGGCAAAAGGCAGCAGCAGGGAAACAUUUGUCAGUCUUCAGGGGGCGCAAAUUUGGUGACUGCCCCGGGCGCCAUAUCCUCUAACUACGCCCCUGGUUCCAAUCCAAAAAAAAAAAAAAUGGUUUAAAGAUUUUUCAGUUAAAAUAGUUCCUUCCAACCAACAAACCAACAUUAUAACAUAAUUUGCUAUUUUUAUAAAACAAAACAUACAAAUUAUAAACUACUUAAAAUAAUAAUGCAAUAUUUAGUCGAUAUCCGAAGAAACUAGUUAUUACUAAAAUAUGUGGCAUUAUAUUACGUAGACGUUGCGAUUAUUUAUUGUGUACCUAUACUCUGUUUUUAAAUUCUAAAAAUAAAAACAAAAAGGAGAGUUUGAUUAGCAAAUUCACCACCCACUCAUCAUGUUUGCCCUCGUAUUUUUACUAAAAUAACAAAUCGGUCCGACAAAUUAAAACCCACAGAUGGGUCUUAGAACGAAACAAACUAUGGUUCAUGAUUCUUUGGAUGUGGCAUAUCUAAAAGACACCAUCUGCGAUAAGCUUUGCGAAUUUAUCCUAAUUGCGGUAAUGGAACCGUCAUAUUCGUAUCUGGUAUAAAAAACAGAGUAUUUUUUAUGUUGAGCAUAGAAAUAUUUCUAUACGUGACCCAUUGGAUGGUUAAUCUUAACCAUCUAAUGGGUCACGUAUGUUAUGACUUCUAUAUAUUUCGUAUCACACACACAUCACAGCCGCGAGUGACAUUUGAUAAUUCAUUCAAUUGCUUGGCAGUAAACUCCAAAUUUAAACGAAUGUUCCGAUGUCACUUACCGCUGUUAUGCUUUUUUGAACAGAACUAUUUAAGUAGAAAUCACAAACAAAUGAGCAAAAUAAAUAAUUUAUGAUUUAAAACAUGACCGCAUGCGUCUAAUAAUAAUUGAGAAGUUUUAUAUUACUUAUGAUUCUUAUGAAUUAUUGUGUUGACAUUUGUGCUGAAUAUUGCACAUUAUUAAAUAUUUUAAUGUGAUAAAUAAACUAUUAGUACCUAUGUAAUUAUUAUUAUUGAGUGACGCGUUCAUAUGACAGAAUAGACAUUAUGUAAUGGUGGUUAGUUAUUUAUUGUACGGGCAAGUGACAACCAAUAUGAAACCCCUAUUAGGAAUCUCAUAUGAUUGUCAUUAUGUUCAUUGACCUAUUUGUUUUUAAACUUAGUUUAAAUAAGAACAAUAUGUUACAAUUUCACAAUUUACUGUAUGGUUUCAAAUGUUAACAAUAUACACGGUGGCUAAAACAUAAGUGCAUUUCCGUGGCUAGGGAGGUUUUGGGAUUAUACUGAGCAACUUUUACUAUGGGACCAACCACGAAAGCGGGUAAAAAAAUUGGCUGUUUCAUACAUUUUGGCUGGUCCAUUUUCUAUGGGAGGGUAUUUUUUUUUUCGCGAUUUCGUGGUUGGUCCCAUAGUAAAAGUUGCUCAGUAUAAUCCCAAAACCUUCCUGGCAAUGGCAAUGCACUAAUUUUUUAGCCAACCUUUAUAUGUGGCUUUCCAUCAGAGAAGAGUCCUUAUGCUUCGUGUGCCAUAAGGACCUUUUCAUCUGAAAUUCUAACAGAACUCCUGCUAGAAACGACCCUUCUCUGAUGGAAAGCCACACAUGUUCGGUUGAUGUUAUAAUAACCAAUUAUUACAUUUUGUCUGAAAACCGUAUCGUUUGGUAUAAGGAAUGUUGUUCUAAAGAUGCGGUUAUAAAUUUAAUAAUAUGUGUUUUGUGGUGUAUGUCCAUUUGUCCCCGCCGGGCCCAGAUAGGAAAAGAUGUAAAAUGUAUUCGUAUGAAUCAUUCCCAUCUGUCCCCGCCUUUUGUAUGGCGGCGGUCACGUGGGGCGGGGACCAAUGGAAAUACACCGUUUUUGUCUGUAAAUAAUGACAUUAAUUUUAUACACUAUUUUUGUUAAGUUAACUAUUAUUUUGUAUAUUUUGGCUUACCAUGACUGCAGGCUUCUUUUGAUUAGUUAAAUACGACUGGGAUUAGUAUUCGGGUUGGCACCAUUCGCAAUAUAUAAAUUUGCGCACAUUUGUGUAUGGUCGGACCCCAUUUUAUAAAGUUACAAGACAGCUGUCACCUCCAUACAAUGUAUAACUAAAACGCAAACAUGUAUUGAGAUGACAGAGCUGUCACCGUACCCAAACUAAGAGAAAAAUACUAUAUAAUAAGGGCCCGAUUUACGAGUCCGUCUAAGCUAACUCUGCACCGACUUUGACAGACAGGCGACGACAAAGAUAUAUUUGCAUUUUUCGCUUUAAAAGGAGUAAGGUGUAAAUGUGUACACAUCACACACACAACAACACACACACACAACAACACACACACACAAGAACACACACACAAGAACACACACACACACACACACACACACACACACAGCAAAGUCCUGUGUAAAGUUAAAGCCUGACCAGGAAUAUAUGAUCACGCGCCAUGUUGCGGAAUUUGACUGGAACUAUUUUUUUCAUACUAUACUGAACUGUCACCCUAUACAUGAGAAUAACAGCGCCCUCUUGACAAUGAUCAUAUAUUACUGGUCAGGCUUUAACUUGAUCCGACUUCAGCUGACAGUGUUUUUGUCAAAAAAAUUCGUAACACUGUUGUAUUUUUAAGUAGUUGCCAGUAGUAGUAGUAAUAAUUAUUGUUUAUUCGGGUAUGACUUCCCUAUUCUACAGUAAAGACGCUAAUCAUGAACAAUAACGGACACUGACUCGCUUGUUGCUGUCUCUAUCGCACGCGCAUUAUUAUAUAGCUGUCCCGCUUGCGCAGUGGCAUUGACCGCCGCCAUCAUCAUCGCUUUGACAGAACAGAAUGACAUGUUGACAUAUGGAAAAUUAGCCCCAGACAAACUUGAAAGAUGAAUCUUGUAAAUAAUAAUAGUGAACAACUAGUUGUAAGUUAGUUAAUGUCGUUGAUAGUUAUUGUUUUGUGAAUUAUAAUGAAUAUAUUGAAAGUUCAAAAGUU